UAUAUAUUAUGUUCAAAACUCCAAAAACUAUUACAUCACUCCCAAUACACGUAUUCAAAAUUUUUGUUCAUAACUUUCUCUAACAACAACAAAAAAAAAAACAGAAUCAGAAGAAAUGGAAGCAUCAAUUCUACAGCUACUUCUUCUACUAUCACUUACAUCUUGCACAAUUCUCUUUUACAAAAUCAGAGGCCGACGAUGGCGUCGUCGUCGGCCUCCCUCUCCACCAUCUCUCCCUAUAAUCGGUCACCUCCAUCUCCUCACCCAAAUGCCUCAUCACACCUUCUUCCAUCUUUCUCAAAAACUCGGCAAAAUUAUCUAUCUUCAACUCGGCCAAAUUCCCACUCUAAUCAUCUCAUCUCCUCGUCUAGCUGAACUCAUCCUCAAAACGAACGAUCAUAUUUUCUGUAGCCGUCCACAAAUCAUUGCAGCUCAGUACCUCUCCUUCGGUUGCUCCGAUAUCACUUUUUCACCGUACGGUCCUUACUGGCGUCAAGCUAGAAAAAUCUGCGUAACGGAAUUACUCAGUUCAAAACGAGUUCACUCGUUUCAAUUCAUACGAGAUGAGGAAAUCGACCGUAUGAUACAAUUGAUUUCGUCUCGUUCUCAAUCUGAAGUAGAUCUGAGUCAGGUUUUCUUCGGUCUAGCGAAUGAUACUUUGUGUAGAGUAGCGUUUGGGAAGAGAUUUAUUGAUGAUAAAUUGAAAGAUAAGGAUUUAGUGAGUGUAUUGACGGAGACACAGGCGUUGUUAGCUGGGUUUUGUUUUGGGGAUUUUUUUCCAGAUUUUGAAUGGGUUAAUUGGUUGAGUGGGAUGAAGAAGAGACUGAUGAAUAAUUUGAAAGAUUUGAGAGAAGUUUGUGAUGAGAUUAUAAAAGAGCAUUUGAGGAAAACCAGAGAUGAUGAUGAUGAUGAUGGUUCAGAACAUUUUGUUGAUGUAUUGUUGAAGGUUCAGAAAAGAGAUGAUCUACAAGUGCCUAUUACUGAUGACAACCUCAAAGCUCUUAUCCUGGAUAUGUUUGUGGCUGGAACAGAUACAUCAGCAGCUACACUAGAAUGGACAAUGACUGAGUUGGCUAGGCAUCCAAGUGUUAUGAAAAAGGCACAAAAUGAAGUAAGAAAGAUUGCAGCUAAUAAAGGAAAGGUAGAAGAAUUUGAUCUUCAACAUCUUCACUAUAUGAAAGCAGUAAUAAAGGAGACUAUGCGAUUGCAUCCCCCUGUCCCUCUUCUCGUACCUCGUGAAUCCAUCGAAAAAUGUACUAUCGAUGACUAUGAAAUACCUGCGAAAACUAGAGUCUUGAUCAACACUUAUGCAAUCGGAAGAGAUCCAGAGUAUUGGAACGAUCCUCUUGACUACAAUCCCGAAAGGUUUAUGGAGAAGGAUAUCGAUUUCAGGGGACAAGAUUUUAGGUUUCUACCGUUUGGAGGAGGGAGAAGAGGUUGUCCAGGUUAUGCUCUUGGAUUAGCUACAAUUGAGUUAUCGUUGGCUCGUUUGUUGUAUCACUUUGAUUGGAAAUUGCCUAGUGGAGUUGAAGCUCAGGAUAUUGACUUGUCUGAGAUAUUUGGAUUGGCUACUAGAAAAAAAGUGGCUCUAAAGCUUGUUCCAACCAUCAACAAGUUGUAACCUACUUUCUAAUUAAAUUUAUUUGAUGUUCAAUGUUGAUUGUAGCCAUGGGAAGGUUAACAAUAUGGUAGCAUAAAGUUAAAGGCCUAAAAUAUUUUCAAUAAAAUUCAGUUUUUAAUGUGUGAAA